AUGGCGACCGAAAACACCCAGAACCCCCAAUUCACAAACACCUUUGUGGGCGGCGAAGUCGAGAUGCCACGACAGAGAACCACCUCGACCGACCACUCGGCCACGGACGAAUGGGACGCGGGCAAGACCCCACCCAGCCGCUUCCAGAAGCGCAAGGGCAGCAUCUACGCCACGCCCAGCUCGCGCGACGGCCACGUCGAGCGCAACCGCGACGCCGUCGAGGAGUUCCACAAGCUCACGGCUCCCAAGACGUCGUCCAAGCGCUGGUCCUUCUCUCGGUCCAAGAAGGACGCCACCUCGACCACUCCCGAGGCUCCUCGGAAGGCCAGCCAGGCCAGUGCUUCUAGCCAAUAG